AUGCCACCAAAGGCCGCCACUACUACUGCCGCUGCUGCUCCAAAGGCAAAGGCUGCUCCAUCCGACCAUGCCAGUUACCAAGACAUGAUCAUUGAUGCUAUCAUCAACUUGAAAGAGCGCAAUGGAUCUAGCCGUAUCCAACUUAAGAAGUACCUCAAGGCCAACAACAAGAUCAAUGCCGGUGACAGCAUGUUCGAUUCUCUCUUCAACCGCGCCUUGAAGAACGGUGUCGCUAAGGAGGUCUUCAUUAUGCCAAAGGGUUCCUCCGGCACAGUUAAGCUUGCACCAAAAGCCAAGAAGGCCCCAGCUGAGAAGGCCCCAAAGAAGGCCACCGAGAAGAAGGCCGCACCAAAGAAGACUGCCGUGAAGAAGGCAACUGCUACCAAGGAGAAGAAGCCCGUCGACGCUACCGCCACCAAAGAGAAGAAGGCUGCACCAAAGAAGGCCGUCGCCAAGCCAAAGGCUGUUGCUAAGCCAAAGGAGAAGAAAGUUACAGCCACCAAGGCAAAGAAGGCUACCACUCCUAAAGACGCACCAGCAGUAGUUGCUAAAGACACUAUCCUUAAUAAGACCGCUUCUGGACGCGUCACCAAGACAAAUGCACCUAAGAAGGCUGCACCAAAGAAGGCCGUCGCCAAAAAGGCUGCCCCUAAGAAGGCCGCUGCUACUGCAUAA